CGACUGGAGUAGGCCUGGCGUCAGAAAGCGAUUGUCAUCUGGGAUUGGUUUAGUCACAAAGCUUUAAACACGUAGCACAUACUAGUCUCCUAGCAGCUGCUCCGAAAGCCACUCCCAAUCUAAAUUUCAGUACUCAUUUAAUUAGCGUUCCAUCCGUGCAUGUUGAAAUCCUUUCUCGAUCCAAGCAUGAAGCGGCUGUCACGACGGCCAGUCUCCGAUGAGCAGAAGGCCCAGAUGCGCACCCAGAACCAUGACCAGGGCCCGAUAGAGAUAUUCCUGUCGGUGGCCACCGUCUCGUCGCUGCCCCACAGGCAGACGCACCCCCACCCGCAAGUGCAGAUAGAACCCCAGUUACAGGAUCCGCGGGAUCAACGGGAUCAACUGGAUCAGCAGAAGGACAAAGAGCAGGGCCAGGAGCCGAAACCAGAACCGGAGCCAGAGGUGCUCGAGAGCGGCGCCCAGGGCGACAACGAACAGUCCGACACCGACCCCACUCCCUCGCCCACUUCCACUCCCACUCCCUCGACGUCGGCCCAUGCCGCCGAGGGCUUGCCAACGGAGGGGUAUCCUGCCAAGCUGAAGGAGCUGGCCGGGCGCCAGCAGAUCACCAGGCUGAUCAAGCGCCUCGGCGACGGCGCAGAGGGCGAUGGCGAGGCCAACCAGAUCGUGCUGGAGAUGCUGGGCAGCCGGGACAAUCAUUCGCCCCUGCAGCCGCAAUCCGCCACCGAGCGCGUCUCGGAACAGCUGCUGCACGUGCUGCGGGAGCAGACGCUGAUCGAGGCCGGCAUAUCCACUGGAAAUGAGCGGCAUCGUUGCUUCAAGAACGUGCUGCAGAACUACGCGAAAAUCUAUGCGGCGCGCCACUUUAUGAAGCAGUUGCCGCAGCUAGAUCAGCUUGGACAGGACUCGGAUGCGGAGCGGGAACUGUUCACCCGCGUCGUGGCGGAGGAGGUGCUGCAGAUACCGCAGCUGCUGCGCCAGCUGAGGUCGUCGCUGGAGAAGAUGGAGUUCUUCAACGAGGACACCGCCUUCAAGGCCUACCUGGAGGCCCGUCGCCAGCCGCAGGCCCGCAUCCUGUGCGAACUCAUGCUCACCCGCAUCUCGCGCGUCUUCCUCUGCAUUGUCAGCUCCACAUUCUUCCUGGACUUCACCGAACACGAGCUUACGCACAUCUUGCGCAACAGUUUCCUCAGCGUCAACUCGGAGAUCGAGAUAUUCCUUUCCGUGGUGCUCUGGCUGGAGCACAACUGGUUUGAGCGGAGCGACUGUGCCGAGCGCGUCCUUGCCGAGGUGCGCUUCGCCCUGAUGCCCACUUGGUACCUGUGCACCCUGGACAGAUCCAACCGGUGCCGCCACUUUGCCCGAGUAAUCCGAUGCCCAGGCGUGCAGCGCUUGAUUGCCGAAGGCCUGGAGGCCGCCGUCACCCGCUCCAGUGGUUCCGCUGCUGGAGCCACCACUGCCCACCCACAACGACUGCCUCAGGAGGAGCCGCGCCUGGCCCGCGACUGGAUCGCGGAUACCGAGUGCCGCCACCAUCAUAAGCGCCACUGCGACCGGUUUGUUUACCCCACCUACGACACGUUCAAGGAGUACCUGGCCAGGAUCAUCUGCUGUGCGCCCAACUACUGGCGCACGUUCCGGCCCGCCCAAGAGGUGUACCGCAGCGACUUCCGCUGCUGUUCGCCGCCACACUUCAACUAGACACGGUUAGCGUCCCGAUUUUCUGCCUUUGCAUGCUCCUUUCGGUUUUCCCGUCCGGCCUCGGCUGGGUGGCUUAAAUUUUACGUGCGGGGAUGCUCC